AUGGCCCCGAAUUUGGAGGAAAACCUCCUUAACAGGGUAUCGAAGGAGCUCAUUUUAUUCAUGUUACCCCACGGUCCAAUAUCAGACGACAGUGAAGAAGACAUCGACCCCGAUAUCGAAGACAGUCUCACAUCUGACCCUUCCCAAAUCCACGUCCCUUUGGAACACAAUCUUCGGGCGCUUCUAGUGCAAGUAACGGGAACAGAAAACUUAGAGCUCGUAACGCAAGUGAAACUACGAGUGAUUGCCCGAGACGUUCCCUUGCAACACUUGGGAGUAUUCAUCCCAGCCCUUAGGGAGCUCAUCUUAGACGGCAGUGUCGUCGCCACGCUUCGGGAGCUGGGCUCCGGUCUGAAAAACCUAAAAAUUUUGAGAAUUAAUCGGUGCGGAAUUGAGGUUCUGGAUAAUAUGCUCGCUUUAGAGAGUCUGGAGGAGUUGUACGCCGCGGAUAAUUUGAUUGAAAACUGCAUGCCCUGCGCUUUUUUGAGUAACUUAAAAGUAUUAGAUUUGAGGAGGAAUCGUCUCAAAGAUGUGCGACGCACCUUGACCUUCCUGACGAUAUGCGAGAAACUGGAACAUAUUUUUCUCGAGGGAAAUGAUGAAAUAUGGCAGUUUGGUAACUACCGACAGACCGUUAAAAGCUUAUUACCGACAUUGAGAAGUUUAAAUGGCAUUACCUUCGAAGACGAAUCUAAUCCUAAACUUUCCCAACAAAAUUCGAUUCAAAAAGCAGAAAAAGUCAACCAAAACACGGUUUUUGUUCCUAUCAAAAAUGGAAUUAUGACGAGGUCUAGACCCACAAGUGAUACAACAACUGGAUUUACCAUCACGUUUCCUCCUAAAGUAUUUAAUGAGAGGCCUCCUAACUUCAAAUAAUGGAUUAAAUUGAAAACAAAAAUGUUUAGAGAUUAAGUUUAGUUCAUUCCUUAUCACCGCGUAAAUACUUGUUGCGAAUCAAAGUGAUCUAAAAUGAUCAUAUUCUCAGAAAAAAUGUUCAC